AUGUCAGACGUGCAGCUGUGCGAUGAGGUCACGAAUGCGAAGCGUCCGGGGGAGCUACUGGCAGACAGGAUGGACUCCCUGCACUGCGCGCCUUUUGACAGCCGCAGGCAGGACUCCCCGAGCAUGAUGCCAGCUUCCAAGCGCCAACGUGUCUCCCCACGCUUGCCGGUUCCCUCGGAGGUGUCCGAGCAGGCUGAAGGAGAAGGUGCAAGUGAAGCGCAAGCCAGCUCCGACUGGCGAAUGGUUCUGUAUCACGACCGGAAUGUAGUGCUUUUCAACCCCGGCGAGAAGCCUGCCUUCCGCUCGCGUAGGCUCUCCGUGGACGAAGCAGCGCCUGGAACCGAGUUGUCGAACCGCUCGGGACGAUGCCCUCUCUGCAGGCAGACCGUCGACGCCCGCUUCGCGUUUGCGGCGCAAGCAUACUUCGAUCUCUUGCAAGGACUGUUCCGCAGCGGUACCCGGGAUCCGGAGGGCGAAGACAUCGAUCUGCUUGCGGAAAGUGACCUGUACAG